ACUGCGCUACUCUGUACUACACAGUGAGCCAUGUCCGAGGUCGAAGUUUCUCGUUCGGAGAAGAAAAAGAAAAAGCUUCGUCGUUCACAAGACCAAACCACCACCGGCUCCGAUCCCAACCCAAUUCAAAAUGACUCCACGGACUUCACGAUCAAACCCCAGAACUUCACUCCCCCAGUGGACACAUCUCAAUGGCCAAUCUUGUUAAAAAACUAUGACCGUCUCAAUGUACGAACCGGACACUACACUCCUAUUCCCACCGGUUACUCUCCUCUCAAGCGCCCUCUUACCGAGUACUUAAGGUACGGUGUUCUCAAUCUUGAUAAACCCGCUAACCCGUCUUCGCACGAGGUUGUUGCGUGGAUCAAACGCCUUCUACGCGUUGAAAAAACCGGUCACAGUGGUACUUUGGACCCCAAAGUGACCGGUAACCUUAUUGUUUGCCUUGAUCGAGCCACGCGCCUUGUUAAAUCUCAACAAGGGGCUGGUAAAGAGUAUAUUUGUGUCGCAAGAUUGCAUAAUAAAAUGCCUGACGUGGCAAAAGUUGCUAGAGCACUUGAAACUUUAACUGGGGCUGUGUUUCAAAGGCCACCGUUGAUUUCGGCGGUUAAAAGACAGCUUAGGAUUAGGACUAUAUAUGAAAGUAAGUUGCUUGAGUAUGACCCUGAUCGGCAUUUAGUUGUUUUUUGGAUAUCUUGCGAGGCUGGUACUUAUGUGAGGACUAUGUGUGUGCAUUUGGGAUUGAUUCUUGGCGUUGGUGGUCAUAUGCAGGAACUUAGGCGAGUGAGGUCUGGGAUUAUGGGGGAGAAUGAUAAUAUGGUUACAAUGCAGGAUGUGAUGGAUGCGCAAUGGGUUUAUGAUAAUUACAGGGAUGAGAGUUAUUUGAGGAGGGUUGUUAUGCCGCUUGAAGUGUUGUUGACUAGUUAUAAGAGAUUGGUUGUGAAGGAUUCAGCUGUGAAUGCGAUUUGUUACGGGGCGAAGUUGAUGAUUCCAGGGCUGUUGAGGUUUGAGAAUGAUAUUGAGGUUGGGGAGGAAAUUGUGCUAAUGACUACGAAAGGGGAAGCAAUUGCAUUGGGCAUUGCAGAGAUGACUACUGCGGUGAUGGCAACUUGUGAUCAUGGUGCGGUGGCAAAGAUUAAGAGGGUUGUGAUGGAUAGGGAUACUUAUCCAAGGAAGUGGGGAUUGGGGCCUAGAGCCUCGAUGAAGAAGAAGAUGAUUGCAGAAGGGAUAUUGGAUAAGCAUGGAAAGCCAAAUGGGAAUACUCCUGCUGAAUGGUUGAGAAAUGUGGUUUUACCAACUGGUGGGGAUUCUGUGGUUGCAAGGCUUGCAGCUGAACUGGCUCAGGUGGAAAAGGAAAAGAUAAAGAAGAAGAAGAAAAGCAAGGAUGAGGAAGUUGGGGAUGGUCAUAAGCGCAAAUUGGACGAAAUCACUGACAGCCCUGUUCAGGUUCCUGCUAAGAGAAUUAGAGUUGGGGAAGAAGAAGAGAAAUUGAAGGGUGAGAAGAUGAAGGUGGGGGUUGAGGUUGAAAAGAAAGAGAAGAAGAAAAAGAAAAAGAAGGAUAAAGAGAACGGGGAUGUAGUUUCUUCAGAUGUGGACACAGUGGAGAAGUCUGAGAAGAAGAAAGACAAACAAGAGUUGGAUGCUGAUGCCAAAUUGCCUUCUGGCAUUGAUAAUAGUGCAGGUGAUGGGGAGGCUGAUAUGACUGAGAAGAAGAAUAAGAAGAAGAAGAAGAAAAAGAACAAAGAUGUACAAGAAGAAUAAUUGAUAUGAACACUUUAAUGUGUGCUUAUAUGUUUCUGUCUUAGUAUCAAAUGAAUAUUUGAUAAUUCCUUGGACUCUGUAAUGUAUUUUCUGAACGACCGUUAUAAGUUUUGCUAGUCUUUGUAAAUGGUUUCCAGAGCUAAUUCAGUAUUUUCAAUUCGUCAUCAUUUAAUAUGUUUCUUGUUUAAUAAGAGA